CAUCAAAUCUCGCCGGAUGACAGUUUCAGAAAACAGUAAUAAUGUUAAGGAGGUAGUCCUCUACGCUCCAUCUUGAAAAGGCGAAUUUCUUGAUAUUUUAAAAACGUACAAGAAAUGUGCCCAAAGAGAAGCCUUACUAUUCAAUUAUCUAACCUCGAAAGCGUUUCUACUAAUGUACGUGAUGCGCGAAGUUACAGACAAUGUAGAAUGAGGUCUUCAACAGCAGCGCCGCGCUUCGCGUAAAUCUCGCUAUUCGCUGCCAUAUUGGAUUAUACGGGCUAUUAUGACGUUGGCACACGUGAUGCAAGGUUAUGUGAUUGUACACAGCAAUACGAACCAAUAAUCCAGCUUUGAAUGUUUAGGUAGUGUGCACAUGCAUGAGUACAGGCGUACACCAUAGCAACUGAUUGCAUCUGAACCUAGCAACCAAUCAGCACGCAGGAAUGUAAUGGGUCGACUUCCGUGAUUGGUCAGAUCGUGCCAUUGUUCUUCGUUCUAUUCGUUGCAACAGCGUUCUUUCUUUCUCGUGUACCAUUACGAAUUAUUUGUGAUGCCUCGUCGUCAGCGUAACAGAGUUCCGCCGACAGUUCGUCAGGAGCGUGACGGUUUUGUUGCCCCAGAGGGGUUCGCUCUAGUGGAUCUGUCGCACUUGGCAGCUCAACUAGAGCCAAUUGCGCUUUGUGCUACGUGCCAAAGCGGGCACCUACGUCUGAAGAUCGCCGUCAACAGGAUGGGAUUUUCAAUCCCACUGUUGUUUGAGUGUACCAACAAGUAUUGUGGAGUUGACGUUCGCACCGGCCAUUCCUGCCAUUCCUCGCAGAGAGUGACUGCUGGUCAGGCGUUCGAAAUCAACAGACGGAUGGUGCUAGCAAUCAGAGAAAUUGGGGGUGGCCAUCUGCAAUGCAGGUAUGAGUUUUCGUUUUCAUAUCUUGUGUUUCUGUUUAUUACCUUAUUUUUUAUAUAUAGAAACUAG